ACUGACGUUAUUUAAAUGAUGAUUAUUGUGAUAGUGAUUAAGUCAUUAAAAUGAUCAUGAUGAUUGUAAUAGUGGUGUUGUUGAUGAAGAGUAGGAAUAUAAUGAUCAGGAUACUGCUGCUGCUUAUGGCGAUGCUGUUAUGGUGGUGGUGAUGGUGAUGAUGAUGAUGAUGCUAAUGAUGAUGAUGAUGAUGAUGGUGAUGAUGAUGAGGAGGAGGAGGAAUAUUUGUUAAUGCGAGUGUUCAAAGAUGGUAAAAUAGUUUAUAUAUCGGUGACACCUUUGACUAAGCAAUCAUGUUAAGGUGCUUUUUUUGACAGGGUUCGACGUCAUGACGAUUGCCACGCUUGAUUACGACUCUGCUACGAGUUACACGAUCACCGUCACUUGUACUGACGCUAUCAACCCUGUGACGUCAUCAAGGACCAUCAACUUAGCAGAUGACAAACCCGUUUUCUCCGGACUUCCGGCUACGUUGUCGCCGGCACGUAACGACGGCUUUCAGACGGCGACGUUACUUUGCACGUUCAGCGUCACGGACGCCAACGACCAGAUUAUUAUCACGUGCUUGAUACAGUUUAGUAACUUCGAGCUGUUUCGGGAAUUCCCGGCGCCGAUGGACAGCUUCUUCAACCUGGUUCCCGGCACGGCGCCGACAUUUGCGAUCUGGGUCAAAGCCAGCGUGACGUUGGACUCAGCGUCAUCACUCUCCUCGUUAACGUCCAGUGCGUUGACGACAAAUCACCCGCGAAUACCAUUACCGAAACGUUCACUGUUCCCUUACUUGACGAGCCUCCGACGUUCGUUUCGGGAAUUCCCGGAACAUCUCCGUCUAUUUCCGACUCGACCGUCAUCGCGACUUCACUUGGUGUAUUCACCGUUACUGACCCCGACACGACGUGAAGUAUUAAGUCGACGAUGACGUCAGUGUAUGAGAUCAGACCCUUGACGCCACCGGCAGAUCUACAAAAGCCUGAGUUCCAAGUGUGGAUCAUUGCCGCCGUUAUUCAAGCGUCUAUAGACUUCAAUGACCAGGCGGUUCCGGUGCCGUUGACGACCACGUGUACGGACGGAAACACCGCCAUCACGGGAACGUUCAGCGUCAACAUUGUCGACGAGCCGCCGGUGAUAUCAGCACUUCCGGCGAGCGGACGGCUAUCAACGACGGUCUUCAGACGACCGCCGCAAUUCUCCACACGUUCAGCGUGACAGAGAGCGAUGACGCCGUAACGUGCUCCGUGAGGCCGCCGACUUUUGUCUCCGGCAUGCCCGGAAGUUCCGCGAGCAUCUCUGACGCCACUGUCACACAGACGUUGCUCGGGAAAUUCACAACUUCAGACCCUGAUACAACGAGAAAAGUGACGUCACCGGCGAAUCCUCAACAACCUGCCCCCAGUGAUUACCUUACUACCCUCUACCGGAAGUUCCAUCAACGAUGGUAUGCAGGCAGCCGCGGCGACUACCCAUACGUUCAGCGGCGACCAUCCAUACGUUUAACGUCACCGACAGCGACGACGUUGUCACGUGCUCCAUACGAGCGCCGGAAUCCACCUUUUUUUGAAGUGGUAGCCGCAACUAGCCCAGCGUUUAAUAUCCGCGUGAAAGCAGGAGUGACGUUGGCUGCAGCUGUCAGUCCGUACGUCAUGCACGUUGAUUGCACAGAUGCCGUAACCGCCGUCAGUUCAACGUUCACCCAGCCAGUCCUUGAUAAGGCGUCGACAUUUAUAUCUGGGAUUAACUGGAAUUCCCCUGACGUCUCAGACGACACCGUGAUUGCGACGUCACUGGGAAAGUUCACAACUACGGACCCUGAUACCACGUGUUCUGUGACGUUACCUGUGACAAACGUCUAUGAGAUCAGAAAAGUGGCGUCACCGACCGAUCCCCAGAAACCGGAGUUCGAAGUGUGGAUCAGUAACGCCGUUACCCAGGCGUCUAUCGACUUCAAUGACCCGCCUGUUCCCCUUCCGUUAACAAUCAAUUGCACUGAUGGGAACGUUCUUAAUGACAUCACGGGGACGUUUAACGUCAACAUUGUCGACUCGCCGCCGACGUUUGUAUCCGGUAUCCCCGGAAGUUCCCCUAACGUCUCUGACUCCAUUGUCACAGAGACGUUACUCGGGAAGUUUACAACUACCGACCCGGAUACGGCGUGUUCUGUGAGAUCGCCAUCCACCACCGUGUAUGAGAUCAGAAAUGUGACGUCACCAGUGAAUGUUUCUCAACCAGAAUUUGAAGUCAGGAUCUCUAGCACCAUGACUGAAGCUGCCAUCGACUUCAACGACAAGGCCGUGCCGUUGACGUUAACGAUACGGUGUACUGACGGCAACCCCGUCAACGUCAUCACCGGGACUUUCAACGUCAAUAUCGUUGAUGAGGUUUAA